AUGCCUGUUUACCACCAACCAUCUUACCCGCCGCCCUACUGGGUCAUGCCCCCGGUCAAACCCGUAAUAGCUCCCAAACAGGAACAUUGCGCGAUAUGUGAAUUGAAAGAGUUAGUAGAAAAAAUUGGGCAAAAUGUAUGUAUACCGAACUGCGCCCAAUGCAAACAAUCAUCCAGAAGCUCGAGACCAGCGUCAGCCGCAUCGGUAAUGGUUCAGCCGCCAAGUUCACCGUGCGGCGAUUCACCGAUGGUAACGCAACAGCAACUCCAGCAGAUGCAGCAAAUGCAGCAGAUUCCUCCCUGCCCGGCGGGCGUCCAAAACCAAUUGGAUUGCAUCAAACCCGUUCCGACUUACCAAUGGCCCGCGUACACCAAAGGCGUUACCUGCCCGCCGCAAAACCCUAUGGCUGAUUACUUUUACCACAUUCGCCAGCACCCUUACCUGCCGGUGAAAAUCGACACUUUGAACAAGGACCCGACGAAGAGGGACCCGAAAUUGCAGCUGCAAAGGGCCAAGUCGGCCAGCCAAGUUUUGGUCAAACGCGGCGCAGAAAUCAGGUCCGGCGUGAUGGUGGGAUGCGAGUGCGUCAAGAAAAAUGGCUUGCAGGACACUUGUCCAAGGUUAAUAUGCAAGGAUAUGCCAAAAGUGGCUCCUUGGGAGCCGUGCAACGUACCGUGCAAGAAGAACCCGUGCAAGAUUCCCCGGAACAGCAUAGUGGAAGAGGACGAGACUGAAGCUCCGGCAAAGCCGGAAAAAGUCGAGCCGUGCUGCAAGGAAGAGCAGAGUAAACCCGAAAAGCCCCUUAAAUGCGAACCCAUAAAAGACGAGCCACCGAAAGAGGAAGUCGUGCCUUGUUGCGCUUGCAAAACGCAUUAA